CCAGCACCCACUUCCACCUUCCACAACCUCGACACUUGUGCUUUCCAUCUAUUGCACUCCAAUUUCAUUUCGGAAAUCACCAACUGAAGCAUUGUGCAUUGUACCUUCCCACACACCCACAAUUCAAACAAUUCUGUAAAACAGCAAGCACGAUGCCUGGUGAGCUCACUCGCAAGACGCGGACUCCGCGCGGCAAGCUGGCCUCGACCACUUCGAAAACACCUGCCACCAACUUCAUCAAGGUCUCAAAGCAGCAGCGCUCUGGGAAAGAAACACGCACUGCCGCACCCUUCACAACGCGCAGCUCCAAUAUCGAAAUCGUCCUCACAUCAAGAAAGAGGAAGGACCAUAGCGAUGACGAGUCUACAUCCAAGAAGCUCCGGCGCGAGUUCGAGCCCGAAUCCAUCAUCUCGGAACCACGAGUCGCACCUGCAACUCCCGUCUCAAGGAAGCGGAAGAGUGUGAGGUUUGCCGAGGCCGAGGCCGUCCCGAGCACUCCGAGCCGCGCCGCGCCUACUUCGUCAUCAAGCCGCAAACGUCAACGCGAAUCAGACGAAACCAGCCACACUGAGAAACUACUCGAGGGUCUCAACCUACAAUCCCCCCCCAUCAACAAGCGAAGCAAGACAACCGUUCACCGUCGCGCUCCCCAAAAUGACUUCGACUUACCCAAGGAGCUCCUCGACCUCCUGAAUCUGCACGCAGCCUUCCUCAAGACGCUCAGCUUGCAGCCAGGUCACAGCACAACAGGGUCGCCCAUCGAUCUGUCCACCCUCUACACAGAUGUGACGCGCGCCUGGGGCAAGCGGCUUGUUGGCCUCGUGGAUAUCCAGCGGUGCCUCGGCGUGCUCUCCUGGACACCAAACAGGAGCGACAGCACUCCCAGAGCCCCCUAUUUCUUGGCAGAUUAUGGCCGCGACAAGAUCUGCGUCGAGUUCUACCCCGGCGCCGAGCGCAACCCCCUGCACGAGCUCAAGCUCAAGAUGGAUUUCGAAGCCAACUUGCGCACCCUCUGGCUGAGCCGCCGCGACAACAUCCCCGCCACCAUUUUCAUCGGCACGCUCCCCCAGGCACCGCUCAAGCCGUGCGCCUUGAGCAUUCUCGCGCCCAAGACCCAAACAACGCUCGACGCCUUCAAGCAGAGCAUCGCCGAGAAGAAGCAACAAGACCAAGCCGCCAAGGCCGCCGUCCUUUCUCAAACCAAUUCCCCAGAGGGAGGAGACGCCCCCAAGCUCUCCCUCCUCGACCGCAUCCGCCUCAAGGAGACACUGGCUGCCCAGUCGCCCGGCAAGGAGCUCAGCGCGGCCGAGCUGCAGCGGCGUAGCGCCCUGCAGCGCGCGGCCGACGUGUCGGCGGUCGUUGGCAUGCUGUGCAAGGCGACGGUGGCCACGGGGUCGGGGCAGGUGCGCGUGUCGUUUACGAUGGCGGCGCUCAUGACCAGGCUCAAGGACUCGAUGCGCACGCCUGUCUCCCAGGAGGACGGUAUGGUGUGCGUGCGGUUGUUGGCCGCGGAGGUGGCGCCGCAGUGGUUGAGGGUCGUCAAGGUGGGCGGCAGGGAGAAUGUUGUGUGCAUGAUGGGGUUACAGCCUACGAAGGCGGAGGUGGAGGAACGCGUGAAGGUUUUGUUGGGGUGAUUGUUAUUGAGAAAGGUUAAUGGGCGGUGUUGGAUGGUGUUUUGUAUAGGUUAUUCUGGCUAUGGAUAAUGGGUUGGACUGGGAUGGGCUCGGCUGUUUGGCUGUUUUAUGGCGUUGAUGGUUGGGUGAUGUCAGGAUUAAUGGCAGGACUGAUGGCGUUGAGAAGCAUAACUAGCAUGGCUUUCUGUUUGGUUUUCACUCGGGACGCGGAAUCACCCAUGAUAAGGGCAACAUA